AUGACACAACAAGUAAGGAACAAUGCGGAUAUAAAUGCAAACAUCCAACAACUUCAAGCGCACAAUAAGAUAAUUAAGAGCCAAUUUGCUCAAAUUUCACAACAAGUUGGAAGUUCAUCCUCCAAUCCUAGUGGUCACUUUCCAAGCUCAACAGUAGUGAACCCAAAGGAGCAAGCUAAGGCUAUUACUUUGAGAUCGGGAAGAGGUUAUGAGGGUCCGGUUAUGAGUGAAGAGGAGCCACAAAAGAGAGAUGAGGGAGUUGUGGUGAGAAGUGAGGAUGAUAUUGAGAAUGAACUUGUUGAACUUGAGAGAAAAGAGCAAAAAAAGAGUGAUGAGGGAGCCACAAAGAAAGAUGAGGAAGAUGAAGAAAGAAUAGAAAAGCCCCCCAUUCCAUUUCCUCAUGUAGUUGUAGAGAAGAAGUUGAAUGAAAAGUUCUCAAAAUUUCUUGAAGUCAUGAGAGGACUUCAAAUGAACAUUCCCUUUCUUCAUGCUAUGUCACAAAUGCCUACCUAUGGAAAAUUCUUGAAGGAUCUUCUAUCCAACAAGAGUAGGCUUUAA